GCUGCAAUCUUACCAAAGCUCACUAAAAACUGACCACACCCCGAGACCUCAUGACCACACCCAUACCGACAGCACCCACUCGAACUUCGACACCGUGGAUAGCAAAAGAACAAUGAACCGACCAGUCUUUCACACCAGCAGGGGGAAUGUUCUAAUGAAGUCAAAUAUCAGACCAGAGGACGACAUCGCGGCCUUGUCGACUGAGUUGUCGACACGAAUCCCACUGGUGCAAGAGACGAGCAUCAAGGACUUCGAACGCUCGAGAACAAUAUACACAACGAACGCAACUCUUGUCGAUCGUAAGAAACGCUAUGACGUCACGGCAGAAAAAAAGGACAAUCAUAUAAAGCGACAGUCGACCAGAAGGAAGAAAGACAAUGUGACGUCACUGCAGAGGGGAGGCACCCACUAUUUCCCCCCGGGUAAUGUUAUACCGCGGAACGAUAGCUUGAUUCCGAGCAUGUUUCCGAAAGUUCGACGUGUCGACCGAGGAGGGGCAUGUCCGACACAACUGUACAAAGAGUCAAAGUUGUCGUACACGGAAAAGAUCAACGGCUCGGUCCAGCUCGAUCAUUACGUCAGGAGGAACUCAAGACCCCGGAUGGAGCCCCUCCGAGUCCCUUCAACAUCAACGGGGACAUCCGCGGGAGAAGAAAGCCUGGAGUCCGUCAUCUCGUCAAAUAAGAUGACGAUAGAGGGGCGGGUGUCUGAAAGACAAACUCGAGACUUACCGCCGGUUUGGGGUUUCUCGCCCACCCCAAAAUAUGAUUAUUUCGAUGAGGGAUUAUCGGUGCCGCCCAACUCCGAAUAUGGGCCGUCUAGAUUGCAGAUGGUGACCCCAUUCGAGUAGUGAUGCAAAAACUGUUCAACAUUUUUGUUUUUGAGAAAUUGUAAAUAAAAUUGACAAGGUCGUUGAUCCGUCUUAUCGUCAGGAAUCUAUUCAGGGUGCAAACACAGAAUCGGGUUAUUUAUACAA